AUGAGAUGGGCUGCUUCUCACCAGGGGGAGCACACACGGACAUCUCGCCCGCUAGCAAACUGCUUUGAUCAGCAGUUACGGGGCUGGAUGCAGCGCCCAACUCGGGCCACAGAGGAGCAGCAAGAACCCAGGGCAACGGUCCUGACCUCUCCAAGCCCCCCACCUCCGGGCGAAUCAAGCAUCCCUAGCCAGCGCCUGGUCCAGCCCCCACUGUCAACGUGUCGGUCUGGGAGGUGGCGCGGGAGCCUCGGAUCGCUUCCACUUCCCAGCGGCGUGGCCGAGACCUCUGCUGCUGAGAGCGGGUGCCACCUAAGCACGGCAGUCGCUGAUUCCGUUGUAGAGUUCCAGGUGACCUCCCCCUCCCCUCGCAGUCCUGGGAGUGAUAAACCACAUGUUCACGGGGAGCAGAAUAAUGGGCAAACAGCAGAUUCAGCAGCAGUUACUGGCCAACACCUUCCCAAGAACAAGCGUCCAAAGGAACCAGGGGAGAAUAGAAUCAAACCUACCAACAAGAAGGUGAAGCCCAAAAUUCCUAAAAUAAAGGACAGGGACUCAGCCGAUUCAACACCAAAGACGCAGUCUAUCAUGAUGCAGGUGCUGGAUAAAGGUCGCUUCCAGAAACCCGCCGCUACCCUGAGUCUGCUGGCGGGGCAAAGUGUAGAGCUUCGAUGUAAGGGGAGUAGAAUUGGAUGGAGCUACCCUGCAUAUCUUGACACCUUUAAGGACUCUCGCAUCAGUGUCAAGCAGAAUGAGCGCUACGGCCAGUUGACUCUGGUCAACUCUACCUCGGCGGACACGGGUGAAUUCAGCUGCUGGGGGCAGCUCUGCAGCGGCUACAUCUGCAGGAAGGACGAGACCAAAACAGGCUCCACCUACAUCUUUUUCACAGAGAAAGGAGAACUCUUUGUGCCGUCUCCCAGCUACUUCGAUGUUGUCUACUUGAACCCGGACAGACAGGCUGUGGUUCCUUGUCGGGUGACUGUGCUGUCGGCCAAAGUCACGCUCCACAGGGAAUUCCCAGCCAAGGAGAUCCCAGCCAAUGGAACGGACAUUGUUUAUGACAUGAAGCGGGGCUUUGUGUAUCUGCAACCUCAUUCCGAGCACCAGGGCGUGGUUUACUGCAGGGCGGAGGCCGGGGGCAGAUCUCAGAUCUCCAUCAAGUACCAGCUGCUCUACGUGGCAGUUCCCAGUGGCCCUCCCUCAACAACCAUCUUGGCCUCUUCAAACAAAGUGAAAAGUGGGGACGACGUCAGUGUGCUCUGCACUGCCCUGGGGGAGCCCGACGUGGAGGUGGAAUUCACGUGGAUCUUCCCAGGGCAGAAGGAUGAAAGGCCUGUGACGAUCCAAGACACUUGGAGGCUGAUCCACAGAGGACUGGGACACACCACGAGACUCUCCCAGAGCGUCAUUACAGUGGAAGACUUUGAGACCAUUGAUGCAGGAUAUUACAUUUGCACUGCUCAGAAUCUUCAAGGACAGACCACAGUAGCUACCACUGUUGAGUUUUCCUGACUUGGAAAAGGAAGUGUAAUGAACUUAUGGAAAGCCCAUUUGUGUACACAGUCAGCUUUGGGGUACUUUUUAUUAGUGCUUUGCCAGAGGCUGACGUCAAGCACCAAACCCCAACCCCAGCAUCUUGAGUCCGACCCUGACACCCAAACUAAAAGGAAGUCAUCCAGUCUAUUCACAGAAGUGUUAAACUUUUCUAACAGAAAGCAUGUAUUUUGAUUGCUUACCUACAUACGUGUUCCUAGUUUUUAUACAUGUGUAAACAAUUUUAUAUACUCAUUUCUAUUAAAUGAACAAGUUUUUGUAAA